UUUAGAUUCUGGUUUCGUUUAAAGAUUUUUUUUUGAGCUUUUGUUCGCGUCGAAGGAAAUGCGACGAUAAACUCGAUAUCGAAGGAAACGCAUGCGGUAAGAAUAUCAAACCAUUUCUUGUGUCGCAGGAAAACACGUAUGCCGUUCCUAAGCGGUCUAAUAUGAAAGUCUCGUUUAAAACAUUUUUUUUUUGCGGCGAAGGCAGGCGACGCGAUGAUCUCACCCGCCAAAGUUUCGUUUAAACAUUUCGCAAAGCGAUGAUGUCAUGCAGCCGCUGCCGCACACCGGCGACGCGACCACGCUGCCAUGCAGCGGGCGAUGAUGUCAUCCAGUCGUCAAACGCGACGGUGGCGGUACGCCUGAGUCAUCGCACACGAUCGCGCUGCAAUUUACAGUCACGCCGCGACCAACGGUCGAGUUUCGAAACGAAGCGGCCCCAUACGACGACGGUUUGGUUAGGUUAGGUCGCUAACUACGACCAAUUUUAUCAGCGGGUCGCGUUAUAUUGCGCAAUUCUCGCCAACACAAAUCUUAAUUAUUCUGAAGGAACGUUCUCGAAUGUAAUUUUAAAUUCAUUACCCCAGAAAAAUUGGCUUAAUUAACAAGUGACCGCCGCCAUAGUGAGACUUCAUUCUUUGGAUUUUUGUUUGUGUUUCACCACUUAAAAAAGCAAAUAAAAAUGUUCACCUGCGAAUAUUGCAACCGCUCGUUCAGCCGUAAAGACCACCUGGCGAGGCACGGGGAUUGUCGCGCAGCAGUACAAAUUUGUGACGUUUGCGGCGGGAUAUACAAAUCCGAGGGGGCUCUCCGACGCCAUAAACGCGAGAAGCUUGAGGUUCCCAAGGCGAAAAGACCCGCCGCCGCCCCUAUUGUUGCAGACGAACCCAAGCGCCCGAGACUUGACCUACCGGAAGGUAAGGAUUUUUGAUUUUAAAUCCCAUACAAUUCUCAUAUUGUAUUUUAUAGCUUCGACAUCAUCAUCAUCACCAUCAUCCACGCGCCAUUGUACGCAGUGUAACUUGACCAUUCCUGCAAUGAGAUGGCAAGGACACUUGCGUACUUUGGCUCACCGCCAAAAAUGCAGCGUGGUGCAGGAGCCAGGAGUAGAAAUGAUACAGACCUCCUUCCGUAACCGCAUAGUUACAUACCGUCUGGCGUCCACCGUUAACCCUACCGACGUUAAGGGCUUCUUGGACCACCUUAGGUCCAAAAUCCUUACGUUGGUAGAGUCGAACGUCCGACGCUACGACAACGUAAAAGUCGGUAUGGAGCUAUUCGGAAACUUCCUCUUGCAGACGAAGGAACAAGAGUAGGUCAAGUCCUUCAAUACCAAAUAUCGGCUGGUGAGCGGAAACACCGAUCUGGAGGAGCUGUACGUCCAGUUCGUCGACAUCUUGGCUACCAAAGCGUCCGAGGUUCAGGAAAGGGACAGCGGUAUGAUUCAUAAAAAUGUAUAUUUCCGAACUAAUUUCUUUCUCUUUUUUACAGGCUGGGCGUUGCAGGAACUCCUCCAUUUAGAAAUAGGGAUUAACAAGUACAAUCCUCUAAGGGCGUCGUCCUAUGUUAGCCUGCCCAAGGAAAUCGAAGCCAAAAAAGCUGUUUUGAACUUGCAAAAUACGGACGAAAAAUGCUUUAUGUGGUUGAUCUUGGCUGCUCUUCACCCAAUUCACUGGACAAAUAACGCUAACAGGGUCAAUAACUAUGUAGAGUUUCAGAACGAGCUGGAUUUUACAGGUAUCGAUUUUCCCGUUAAACUUAAGGACAUAUCCACUUUUGAACGACUUAAUGAAAUUUCGGUCAAUGUCUAUGGCCUCGAGAGAGUCUAUAACAAAGUCCGUAAUGAUGUUGAGGUCGUUGGUCCUUUGCAUUUUACUGAAUCUCGUAAAGAGAGACAUGUAAACCUCUUUUUAAUUAGUAAUGACUAUGGAGAAAAUCAUUAUUGUUUAAUAAGAAGUAUGUCUCGGUUGGUUUCAAAACAAUUAACUAAAAGGUCCACCACAAAGUUUUUAUGCGAUGGUUGUUUGGUUUAUUUUUAUAACGAAGAAAAACUAAAGCGUCAUAAAGAACACGACUGCACUCACAUUUUCAUCAAACUUCCGACCACCGAAUUGCGCAAGGAUAAAUACGGUAAAGAUGUUCCCGCAAAUAAGCUGAAAUUUGAAGAAUUUGAAAAGAAAUUAAAAGUGCCUUUUGUUGUGUACGCGGACUUUGAAACAGUCAUGACUCCUUUACAGGUGGAAGGCGAACCGAAUCCCGACAAAUCGUUUACCGUCAAAACUCAUAUUCACGAGCCUUACUCUUUCGCCUACUAUGUCAAAUGUGACUUUGACGAUUCCCAGUCUACUUUUAAACAGUACAGAGGUCGGGGCGCACGCAAAAUUUUCAUUGAAUGGUUGGAGAGAGACUGCAAAGCGCUCUGCAACAAGUUCAUGAAAACUUCCGUGCCCAUGACCACUCUAUCGUUUGAACAAGAGACCGGCUUUCGAAACGCUGCGGCUUGUCACAUUUGCGAGAAGCCAUUUAAUGCAGAGGACGAAAAAGUAAGGGAUCAUUGUCAUAUGACGGGCGAAUUUCGAGGUGCGGCUCACUCCACUUGCAACUUGAAUUUCAAAGUUCCGCGGCACAUCCCUGUCUUUUUUCACCAUUUAGGUUUCGACAGUCAUCUAUUUGUAAAAUUUAUGGCUGAAGAAGGGGAAAAGAUCGAUGUCAUCGCCCAAAACAAGGAACGUUACAUUUCCUUUACGAAAAAUGUCCUAGUCGAUAACAUUGAGUCGGAGAAAGGAGGCAAAGGGAAAAGGGUAUUUUUAAAACUCCGAUUUUUAGAUUCAUUUCGAUUUAUGGCAUCCAGUUUGGACAGAUUGAGUCGAAAUUUGAACGAUAGUCAGUGUCGGGAAGUCAAAAAAUUUUUUAAAAAUGAACAAGAAUUUCAACUUAUUCGACAGAAGGGCGUUUUUCCAUAUACGUAUCUAGAUUCUUUUUCAAAAUUAGACGAAACCAAACUGCCAUCGCACGAGGACUUUUAUGACUCCAUGCGAAAGAGCAACAUAACCAGGGAGGAUUACAAGCGUGCCUGGACUGUGGCGGAUAUUCAGAUAUUUAUUUAAAAUCCGACGUUUUACUUUUAGCCGAUAUUUUUGAAAACUUCAGAGAGGUGUGUCUGAAAACGUACGGUCUGGACCCGAGUCAGUUUUAUACGACACCGGGUCUAUCAUGGACGAGCGCCCUUAAGGCGACAAAGGUCGAACUGGACCUGUUGACCGACGUGGACAUGAUACACUUCUUGAAGCACGGUAUCCGCGGAGGAGUCAGUCAGUGUAGUGUGAGAAAGGCCGCGGCUAAUAAUAAAUUUUUACCUAAUUACGACCCUUCCAAACCUACCUCUUACGUCAUUUACUUGGACGCUACCAAUUUAUACGGGGCGGCCAUGUCACAAUACCUCCCAACGGGAAACUUCGAGUGGUUGGAGGAGGGCAAAAUUCAAAAUUUAGAUAUUACGCGUAUCCCCAACGAUUCACCUAGGGGCUAUAUUUUCGAAGUAGAUUUGGACUAUCCGAAAGUGCUGCAUGACGCACACAACGAACUGCCUUUUUGCCCGGAAAUGUCGCCAUAUUUAGCGAAAAUAUAGUCGCUCACCAGAUGGAAAGGACUAAAGUCGUAUAUGAUAAGCCUAUUUACGCCGGAUUUUGCAUUUUGGACAUAUCCAAGACUCUCAUAUACGACUUUUUUUACGGCUAUCUAAAGGCUAAGUACGGCUACAAAGCCGUCUUACUCUACACCGAUACCGACAGCCUCGUUGUCCAAAUUUUUUGCGAAAAUUUCUACGAAGAUAUGAAAGAAAAUUUGGACCAAUUCGAUACGUCUAAUUACUCGGAGAACAACCAACACGGCAUUCCUGUAAACAAGUCCGUUCUUGG